AGGUGCGGGGCGCCUCCCGCAGCCCCCCGCCCACCGCCCCCUCCGUGUAGCGUACCCGCGGCGCCCGGCCGCGCCGCGGGGGCCCGAGCGGGUCCUCCCCUGCAGCGGCAUGAAGCCGCGCGCAGCCGUGGCGGCCUUGGUCGCGGCCGCGCUUGCGCCUCGCAGCGCCGAGGCCAUCGUGAAGGAGCUGUACACAACCAACGCAGUUUGUAAGCAGAACAACUGCGUGAACCCGAUAUUUCCUGCGCUCCAGGAACUCCCGAAGCUGGAGGUCCAGGAGUGGAAGAAAUACAGUUUGGACAGCGUGUCGGGCUUCAUGAAUUUCUGUAAGCCGUUCGUGAACUAUGAUGUUGCGGUGCCGAAUAUUAGCAGUUCCGUGAAGGACAAAAUCGAGGCUGCCGUGAAGGACAUCCAGUCGGGAAAGUAUUUCGACAAAGACAUGCUGCCCACGUAUGCCAAUCCGCUUCAGGAUGCCGUCGCCUUGCAGGACAGGAUAGCCACGAAGAUGUACUUCUACCACUUGUCUGGCUUGGGCAUCGAGCCAUGGGACCAUCCGCAGCCCGCAGAGGAGUCCUACCAUCCGAUGCGCGGGUGCGCGCGGAGCGUGGCGGCGAUGACGUGCUACACCCACUUUCCACAGGCGUUCACGGGCUUAGCCGACAAGACCUCGGUGAGCUACAUGAGGCCUUGCCGAAGUUGCUGCGAGAGUUACAUCCAGGCCUGCAACGUGGAGUGCUGUGACGAGAGCGUCACGUGCGUCUGGGACAGCUCCAAGUCUGGACAGUCCCCGGCGACCACAUCGAAGCAGACGGUCCGCGCGGACGGCGUAAGCGUCCUGCUGGAGAUGGGGUACGCCGACUUCGAGGGACCGUCCAUCCACUGCACGGGAAGCGGAAGCGAAGCGAGUAGAAUGGCAAAGGUGGCGGUCCCGACCAUUGCAGCGGGGCUUGCUGCCUUCUAUUACGCGCUCUAGGCGGCGCGCUGCAGUUCCUAUCUUUCCCCCCCCCCCCUCUCUAUCCCCUCCUCCCGUCUUGGACGCACCCGAUCUAAUUUUGCCUGUCCGCUCUUGCCAGCCGAUCUGGCCUCCCCUCCCUCAUCCCCCCCGCUACCGCCACGUGUCGCUCUGUCCGGACCAUGGUGGCUUCGCACCCAGAGGCAACCACAGGCUGUGCUUUGCCGGGGCCCGGUCGCCCUUGAAGGCCCUUGGAGUGCGCGCUGGACUUUCCCUUCCCCUUCCCCUCGAGCCGAGAAGUGAGCAGGAGGAGGUAGUUCUUGCACGGGUCCGACACUUGAUUUCGAUUACAUGUCUCACUCCGCGCGCGUUCUCCCGGCUCCCCUUUGCAGCCGUGAGCCGUGAACCGUGUGCGCUCUCGGUAA